UCCACCUCUAUUUCAGAGGCUAUCCAGGGGCCAGAUUACGCAGAAAGCUAAGAGAGGAUCAGCACAGCUUGGGUCCUUUAAGCAGCAGAGUUUAGAGAGGGAGGGAGGAAAAGAGGGAAGUGUUUGGGAGGCUCCACCUUUCAUUCCAGCAGAGUGGAUGGCCAGAACUAGUGUGAGUCAGGCACCAAAGCUUAGAUUCCCAGAGGUGAAGAGGAUCUUAAAGAAUUUCCUCUGCCGUCAGAUUCUACUCUUUUGGACACACUACUGCUCUCUUACUCUUGGCAAAACCUCUGAAGGGUCUGGACUCCCUCAGUCUGCCCUUUUUGGUAUUGGUGUGAGGGCUGGAUUUCCCUGAUGUAUGGCAAGAGCCCGACGUGUGCUGUGCUUCUCUUUUGCAUACAACUCACAGUUGUUUGGCACAUAGCAGCUGUGGAAGUUUACACCUCCGGAGUAGUAGAGGCUGUUAAUGGGACAGAUAUUCGACUAAAAUGUACUUUCUCCAGUUUCUCCCCUGUGGGUAAUGCCCUAACAGUAACCUGGAACUUCCGUCCCCGAGAUGGGGGGCCUGAGGAGUUUGUGUUUUACUUCCAUGAGCAGCCCUAUCCACCAACUGCUGGACAUUUUAAGAAUCGGGUGGCCUGGGACGGAAAUGUAAACCGGAAUGAUGUCUCCAUCAUCAUCUGGAAACUACAGUUUAAUGAUAAUGGAACGUUCACCUGCCAGGUGAAGAAUCCACCGGAUGUUGAUGGAGUGAUAGGGGAGAUUCAACUCAGUGUUGUACAGACAGUACGUUUCUCUGAGAUCUAUUUCCUGGCUCUGGCCAUUGGCUCUGCCUGUGCACUGAUGGUCUUAAUAGUAAUUGUGGUGGUCCUCUUCCAGCACUCCCGGAAAAGACGGUGGACCAACAGAGGUCAUGUGGCAGUUGAAACAGAAUCGUAAGACUGGGUAAUUGAGAGUUUCCAGAACAAGAAGCUCUAAGAUAUGCUGGGAUUAAUGGAAAAUUUCCUUCGGCUAUUCCAGUACUGACCCACUUGAACCAAAUCUGCUCAUUCACAUCCAUGCUGACUUGCUGUAAUAGUCUCUUAUGAGCCAGUGCUGGACCUUUUUGAGCAAACACUGCCAGAAUGUUCUUAUUUUCCCUUUAUCAAGGUUUUAUUCAAAUUCAAAAUUCAAUGCUAUCUAGCAGAAUGAAGAUGAAUUCGUCCUUUAAAACACCAUAACAUUUCCUUCUGAAGAUGAUGAGAAGCAAUUUUUGAUAUUAAAUCUAUGUAGGUUCUCUGUCUUCUGAUGUCUUCAAUCAAAAGGUCAGAUAAGUCUCACAGCUGUUUCUGCGUUUUGCCAGAAGUAAUUUGAAACAUCAAAUUGUUGACUUGAAGAGAAGAAUGAUUUGCUGAGCAAUUGCUGACUGCUCAGUUUAAUAUGAUUUUGCAACUCUAAUAUGCAAACCGAACAAAGGCUCAUCUCGAGGCUAGAAUCAUUACGCAAGUUACCACUGGGAUUUGGAAGAUGAUCAUUAUACUUCUGGGAGUUUAAGGAUAGAAAAUUGUAAAAAAGGACCCAAAAGUGGUGAUGAAAACUUUAUAUAGUAUUAUAUUCAGCUCUGAAAAAGUAGGAUUAUUGCUGGAGUAAAAGAAUAUUUUUUCAUUUGAUAUUUUUUCUUAGGGUGGAGUAAAAGGGAAUUCUAAAUCUAGGUUUUAUAAUGGUUGUGAUGAUGAAAGGCAUUUCUUUUAUGAACUAGUACAUCACUGGUUUAAAACAAACUUUGUAAGUGGGAUUCAGGAAGAAAAGUAUCUUCUUAAAAAAUGUCCAAUUUUCUGUUUUCUCUCAGCUCUAAGCCACAACAUUUAAGGUAUAGACAUCACAUGGAAGUUUAAGCACAAGAGUGAAUUAUGAAGUCUGACUGUUGGCAUGUCUUCUUUAGUAAGCAGACUGGUGAAUAUAUUUCUUUUAACAAAUGAAAUUGGUCCAAGGAGACUACAUGUCCUAGGACUUCCAAAUGUGCUACUUCAAACUUUAAAGACAGCUGAGCCUUGAUUUUGACAGUUAAUCAACAAUUUGUCUUCAUUACUAGAUAAUUUUCUUCAGAUAGAUGGUCUGGAUAGUGUUUUAUAAAUGAAAUUAAGUUUUUAAAAAAUAAAUUAUCUUUAGUCCUGAUUCCAGCAAAACUUGUAGCUUCCUUGUGCCUUGGUUGAAACAUAGGAGAAAAUUUUACUUACUAUUUGGAUAUCUAUCCUAAUGGGCCCUUUUGUAUUGUAAUUUAUUUUUUAUUAAGCUAUAAAAACUCAUGUGAAUAAAUAUUACCUUUAGUAAUAAA